AUGUGCUGUAAGCCACUCAGAGUGUCUGGGGAAACCGAGCCAGAUGGGAGGGGUAGUAGUAAUAGUAGUAAUAAUAAUAAUAAUAAUAAUAAUAAUAAUAAUCUGUUGCGGUUGCAUCAAACCCUUCAAUGUAACCCAGGGCUCAACAAGUCCAUUUAUAAAGGCAUCUGCAUAUGUUCCAGAAAAUAUUUAACAUCUACACACCAUUCAAAGUGUCCUGAAGCCAUCCUGGUUUCUGCUGUGAUCCCAGAACCACUGGCAGAGGAGCGGGGUGAGCGCAGAGCCCCCAGCACCAUCGGGGAGGGGGGUACCAUCGCGGCCACCCCUGGACACACGCCACCCCCCACUGCGCCAUGCGCUACGCCCCCGGGACAUGUGCCAUGCCCCCACGGGCGACGCACCACGCUCCUCUGGGAUGUGCGCCAGCCAUGCCACCACCUGUUAUCCACCCCAGGUGCCAGACCAUGCAGCUUCGCCACUGCCCAGAACAUCCCUAUUUCCCCUGGCAGCUUGGGCAGCUCCUAGCGGUUGCUGGAGAGCAGGGGAGGGGGAGGAGAGGCUGCUGUUGCCCAGUCCUGCAUGACAUACUGGCUCUGAGCAGCAGGCAGAGGGAAGGGCCACCCUGGGUGGGACUAAAGGGAGAAAGAGCGGAGUACAAGGAAUAUUAACUUUUUUAAAAAAGCUUUGUGCAUCUGUGUCUAAUCAUGCCCCUUUCUAAAAUUUUGUUAUUGGUGAGUGUUUGUCUUGUUGUAAAUCUACCAAUCAAAUCAAAUCAGAAUUAAGAGGUUUUCUCAGGAUGGUGGAGGGUGUCUGUGCUGGGUCCUGUUGGUGUGGUGCCCACCCUUCUUCUGAUAGGAAAUGCUCUAAAGGGAGAGGAACAAAAAAUUGGCAUUGAGGAGGGCCAGUUGGGAGAAAGAAAUGUCCCUAUUUUCAUCAUCUGAGGAUUAGUGGAGGGCCUGCAUCUAAACAUCUGCAUCAAAAUAUAAACAGCCUGAAAGUUUCCUUUUUUUUUUUUUAAAUAAUUUUUUUAUUAAGAUUUUAAACAAAGAAAGAAGAAAAACAACACAGACAAAAAAAACAAUACAAAAUUUAACAAUAAAAAGACAAAACAUAACAAUUAAAAACAAACUCUCUUUUCUGUUCCCAAUUUUAUAUUACUUAUUUUCUAGACUUCCUCAUACCUCCCUCUUUUGUAUUCCAAUCUACAUUAUUUGUCCAGCAGUUUCUUUUCCACUUUUUUUGAACCCAAUCUUUAAUUUAAUAAAAUAUUAAAAUAUAUAACUUCAGCUUUUUUAAACAUAAUCCUUAUUCUUAAUGUCAUGUACCUUUAAAUUUUUCCCUUUUAUUAUCAAAUUUCCAUUUCUUUAAACAUCCUUAAUCUUGAUCUUUAAUCUUAAUCUAUCCUUAACUUUAACCUGUAUAACUGGAAACCAUUUAUUUUCAAUCCAACAUCACUCUAACAUUCCUUAAUUUUGCAGUGUUUCUGAAGAUAGUCUUUGAAUUUCUUCCAAUCUUCCUCCAUCAACUCUUCUCCCUGGUCACGGAUUCUGCCAGUCAUUUCCGCCAAUUCCAUAUAGUCCAUAAGUUUCAUCUGCCAUUCCUCCAGCGUGGGAAGUUCUUGUGUCUUCCAAUACUUUGCGAUGAGUAUUCUUGCUGCUGUUGUUGCAUACAUAAAGGAAGUUCUAUCCUUUUGUAACGCCAUAUGGCCCACUAUGCCCAGGAGAAAGGCCUCUGGUUUCUUAGGGAAGGUAUACUUAAAUACAUUUUUAAUUCAUUAUAUAUCAUUUCCCAGAAAGCCUUAAUCUUUGGGCACGUCCACCAAAGGUGAAAAAAUGUACCUUCCAUUUCUUUACAUUUCCAACAUUUGUUAUCGGGCAAAUGGUAGAUUUUCGCAAGCUUGACUGGGGUUAUGUACCACCUAUAUAUCAUUUUCAUAAUAUUCUCUCUUAAGGCAUUACAUGCCGUAAAUUUCAUACCAGUGGUCCAUAACUGUUCCCAGUCAGCAAACAUAAUGUUAUAUCCUACGUCCUGUGCCCAUUUAAUCAUAGCCGAUUUUACCGUUUCAUCUUGAGUAUUCCAUUUCAGCAGCAAGUUAUACAUUCUUGACAGAUUCUUAGUAUUGGGUUCUAACAAUUCUGUUUCUAAUUUUGAUUUUUCCACCUGGAAGCCAAUUUUCCUGUCUAAUUUAAAUGCCUCCAUUAUUUGAUAAUAAUGAAGCCAGUCUCGCACUUUGUUUUUUAGUUUUUCAAAACUCUGCAAUUUCAGUCUAUCUCCGUCUUGUUCCAAAAUUUCCCAAUAUUUCGGCCAUUUGACCUCCAUAUUGACCCUUUUCAAGGCUUUCGCUUCCAUUGGUGACAGCCACCUUGGGGUUUUAUUUUCUAGCAAAUCCUUAUAUCUUAUCCAAACAUUAAAUAACGCUUUCCUGACAAUGUGGUUUUUAAAUGCUUUGUGAGCUUUGACCUUAUCAUACCAUAAAUAUGCAUGCCAUCCAAAUACAUUAUUGAAACCUUCCAAAUCCAAAAUGUCAGUGUUUUCAAGAAGUAGCCAUUCUUUCAACCAGCAAAAAGCUGCUGAUUCAUAAUAAAGUUUAAGGUCUGGCAGGGCAAAUCCACCUCUUUCCUUUGCAUCUGUUAGUAUUUUAAAUUUUAUUCUAGGUUUCUUGCCCUGCCAGACAAAUUUAGAGAUAUCUUUCUGCCACCUCUUGAAACAGUCCAUUUUGUCCACAAUCUGCAAAGUUUGAAACAAAAACAACAUUCUAGGCAAUACAUUCAUUUUUAUCGCAGCAAUACGGCCUAGCAGUGAAAGCUUCAAGUUUGACCAAAUUUCUAAAUCUUUUUCACUUCUGACCAACAUUUUUCAUAAUUAUCUUUAAAUAAGUUCCCAUUUUUGCUGUCAUGUUAAUCCCCAGGUAUUUAACUUUCUUAACCACUGUUAACCCUGUCUCAUUCUGAAACCUCUCUCUUUCAAACGGUGUUAAAUUUUUCUCUAAAACCUUGGUUUUUGAUUUGUUCAAUUUAAAUCCUGCCACUUGACCAAAUUCUUGAAUCAGUUCUAACACCCUUUUUGUACUAGAUUCUGGCUCCUGUAACGUCAAUACUAGGUCAUCUGCAAAUGCUCUCAAUUUAUAUUGUUUGGUUCCCACCUGUAUACCUUUGACCAUCUGGUCCCUUCUAAUCAUAUUCAGCAACACCUCCAGGACCGAGAUAAAAAGAAGAGGGGAAAUUGGGCAACCUUGUCGUGUCCCUUUUUCAAUUUUAAGUUCUUCCGUCACAACGUUAUUUACAAUUAGUUUAGCCUUUUGUUCUGAAUAAAUUGCACUUAUACCAUUCUCAAAACUUUGGCCUACCCCCAUACCCUGAAGAUUCUUCUUCAUAAAAUUCCAGGAAAUAUUGUCAAAGGCUUUCUCCGCGUCUACAAAUAUCCGCGUCUACAAAAAGGCUGCAAAGAACAUCCAAAGCAAUUUUUUUUUAAAAAAAAAUCCUUCCAGUAGCACCUUAAAGACCAACUAAGUUUGUUACUGGUAUGAACUUUUGUGUGCAUGCACACUUCUUCAGAUACACACUUUAAUACACUUCCAUGUUACAAAUGAUUUCUAUUUACCAAUCAAAGGAUCACAGCAACCUGAAUAGUCGCAACCUAGUGUCGCCACCGCGAAUCAAUCAAAAUCACCUAGUUCAAAUCAGCCCCCAUCUCAGUGUCCUUCCCCAUUUAGACUUUGACUAAUUUUCCUAUUCAUUAAAUGUCUCUCAAUAUCCUUUUUCAUCUGUCUACAAAACAAUUCAAUAUUAAUCACAACUGCCAUGCCUAGCUGAUUCUCUUUUCAUGCAUACAAUGGCCAUCAUAGAGUCUAACAGUUUAUUCUUUUCAGUGUUCUGGAACGAACAUUCACUGUGUACAGUACCUAAAAGCAACUAGUUCUGUGCUGUAAAAAAACAGGUCCAGGCCUCUUCAUUUUAGCUAGGCCAUAGACUCAAAAGAAAAUGAAACCAUCAAAUAUACAGUUCUCUGAAAUUAUUAUUUUCUCCAUCAUUGGACUAGAUGACCCUUGUGGUCCCUUCCAACUCUACAAUUCUAUGCUUCUAUGAUUCUGCCGUCUCCCAUCUUCAAUCACAGAAAAGGCAGGAACAAAGUGUCAUCCUACUCAACACUCAGUUGAUAUCUGGUUGUGGUAAUGAUGGCCACCUUCAUAUAUCUCAAGGGCUCUCCCAUUGUUGUAAAUAAAAAUAUGCCCUUUUCCCUUAUGGGGUAUUCAAGAGCCCAUAUAGAGUCCUUACAUAGGUUCCCUAUUGGUAGGAGAAAAUAACAGAGGCCAACCAGAGAAUAUUGAGAAGCAAAGCAGCUAGUAAGCUGGAUCUUUAUUGAUCUGUUGCAACAGGGUGCUCCCCUCACUCGCAGGAAAGGAGGACCCACAAAAAUGCUGUGCAAGGGCUUAUAAAGACUUUUGAAAUUUCCAUCCUCUAGAUCAAGACCACCCCCAGAAACAUUAUGCAUACAUCACAGAAGGGGUGUAACCUAAGACCACCCCUCAGAAACAUCCCAGAAAAGGCGGUCUAAAACAGAACAUUUGCAUGUUGUUUUUCUCCUGUCACAGUUUAUCUCCUGUCUGGCAAGUUACUUGAUUGGAUUGCCUGGGGAGCCUGGCCAUUCUUUUGUAGUGGUAAAAUACUUAUUUCCUGGGCCAGGUCACAGGCUCACACCUUAUUCAUAUCUUACAUGUGUCCUUAAGACAGGAUUUGUGAGGAAAGAGACAAUGGGGAGACUUUUCCAGUUUGACCUUGCAGAGAAAACAUUUGGUCAGUUUAGGAAUCAAAAUGGUUCCAGGUUGGUCUUCCUGUGGUGAUCUAUGUAUGUGCGGUUAUGAACAUUACCAUAUAUCUAAGACCAUAAAAUUCCUAUCACACCAUGGAAGACGGGGCAAGAUUGCUUUCUCCUGCUCUGGAGGGGAGGACCCAAAGCAAUUAAUUACUUCAAGUGAGAGGAAAAGAGAUUGCAAGUAAACACCAGGAAAGCUGUUUGAUGGGAAGAAGGUGAUGGGAUCUCCUUCCUUGGAGGUUCUUAAGCAGAGUUUGGAUGGCCCUCUAUCCUGGAUGCUUUAGCCGAGAUUCCUGAAUUGGGGGUUGGACUAGAUGACCCUCAGACCCUGUCCAAUCCUCCAGUCCUAUGAUUCGAGGAUGGAGUUUCCUGCGUCUCGCAGAGCCUCUUCCCCUGCAUGCUGCUCUGCCUGUUUCUGUUUCCAAGGAAGGAGCAGCACAGCACGUCAGCCAAGAGGAUCCCCCAAAAUAAAACAUCUCUGGAUGUACGCAACACAUAUGGCUCCUCCUGGGUUCCUGCUUGAGAGAGAGAGAGAGAGAGAGAGAGAGAGAAGGCACAGAGGGAGAGAAAAGCAAUUCUUUAUAUGCUUAGCUUUGAAAGGGUUAAAAGGAACUGAACUGGAUUCCUAGACAGGACAGGAAAUAAGGGCGGGGGCAGAUCCUCCAGAGCCAAAGCCUUCUCACGUCCCUUCCUGCAAAGGGGGGGGGGGCUGCGGAGCGGGCAGCUGUUGUCUCUCUGCUCUGCACUUUCUGGGAUCUGGUCAGUCUCUUCUCUCUUCUGCUAUAGGGUGCAUGGGGGGGGGGAAGAUGGGGGUCCAGGGAAGGAUGAAGGUGAGUGUUCAGCUCCCGCAACCCCACCCAGAACACAAAAAUUGGACCCGCAAAGGAACUGACAACCAAUGCAACUGUUCUCAAGGGUAGUUGUGGGGAUUCAGUGAGGUGGGGUAGAUCCAUGGAUGCCACUUUGAGCACCUUGGAGAAAAAGUGGUGAGAUAGAACUGCCAUUAAUAAAGAGAGGAAACCCAGCCCAUAAUAGGGCUUCUGCAUUUUGGACCAGCCUUCUAGGAGGGCAAGAGGCUUACUUCACCCUCUUCCCUUUUUUUCUUAAAGAAAGCUCGGAGUGUGGGCUGUGGUGCUGUCCAGCUCUGGUUCCUAGCAAGACUCAUCCAGGGAAACUCUAUUUUCUCCUGACACUGUGUCCAUUUUAUAAUACACAGGGCUUUUUGUGUGGCCAGAACUCACUAGAACUCCAUUCUGGCACCUCUCAGGUGGGUGCCAUUGUCAUUCUAAGAGAAGGGGGGAGGUGUUCACAGUGAGUUCCAGCACCUCUUUUUCUAGAAAAAUAGCACUAAUAACAGAACAAUGUGUUUGCUUUGUAGCAUUUGCCAUCACCUCUAAUUUGGACAGACAGAUCAUGGCAGAAGAAAAAUGGAAUUCCUUUCGAUCUCCAGAAGGCUUCCUGAAAGCACAGACGGAUGAGCAAUACUUAGCAGGCCCUGAAGCAGGAAGAGGCCAUGCCAUGGAAACUCAGAGCAGUGGGGGAUUCUGGAAAAACUCCAUGCAGAAGAUUCUGAGUGAGGAGGACACCCUUCGCUCAGAGGUGCACAGCCAGCAGUUCAGGCAGUUCUGCUACCAAGAGGCCAAAGGACCUCGAGAAGUUUGCAGCCGACUCUACCACCUCUGUUGUCAGUGGCUGAAGCCAGAAAGGCACACAAAGGCUGAGAUGCUGGACCUGGUGAUCCUGGAGCAGUUACUGGCUGUCCUUCCAUCAGAGAUAGAAAGCUGGGUGAGGGAAUGCAGAGCAGAGACCAGUUCCCAGGCAGUGGCCCUGGCCGAAGGUUUCCUCCUGAGUCGGGCAGAGGAGAGGAAGCAGGCGGAGAAGCAGGUGAGAGAAACUUUCCUCUGGAUACCCCAAAGGGCUGUGAACAGGAGGGAGAGUAUCCCAAAAUGCUCUAGUAACUAUGCACCCCUUUUUGGAAACCAUCCAAGGAAGUAUAUCAGAUAACCUUACAUUUUAACGCUGCGAUUCCUUUUCUUAUCCUUCUCUCCAUUCUCUGUUUUGAAUCCUUUUUGCUGUUUUAGGGAAGGAUUAUCUUUGCAGAAAGUGGCCUGGAUUCCUCUGAGGCAGAGAGGACUUUGUUGGACAUCAGAGAGAGGCCGCUGGGUAAGGAGGAAGGAGUUCAUUCUCCGUUUGAUCACAUUCUAUCGAUUCUGAAACUAUCUGUGGGUUCUUUGAAUCUUUUGGGGAAAGCACUUGGGGCCACCUAAUAUGAAAUGGGUACAAACAUCAAAACGCACUCAGCCGGGGAGAAGCAUCAUGCACUCCUGGCUUCCCACUUCCCUUUGUCUCUCACAGGUAAAAGAAGGAUGCUGACAAGAUCAUCUUUUCAUGGUGGCGGAAGGGAAGCAGUGGCUGUGGAAACAGAUCAGGUAGGGGGAAGGAGCCUUGUGGGGAAAGAGGCUCAGGAGUGGGGCAGCCAGGGUGGUUCUGCCCCUGAAUGAAUCUCUCUUAUCCUCUUGCCUUCUGUCAAAGCUUCCCUUAACAAAGGCUGAAUAUACCACUAGAGAAUGUUUAUGUGCUGAGAAAAACAAACAGCUACUUCGUCCUAACUCUCCUUCUGAAUGUCACUAGCAUUAUUUAUCAGUCGUUGCAGUCUUCUUUCCAUGUUUAUCAGUGAAUGCUAAAAUAGGCUUCUAAGAAAAUAACGUACCAUAAAAAACAGUGGUCUGGAUUCAUCAGUUGCUCCAUGGCAUUUCCCCCUGUCUCUUACCCCUUCCCCUGCCCACUGUUCCCCUUGAACUUGGCUUUAGGGCAUCUGCAGGGUCCCCUCCAAAUAUACACAAUAAAAUACACAAUAAAAUAAUUCCAUUAAGACAUUAAAAGAUGCAUCCACACUUAAAUUGUGCAGCAACAAAAUCCAAUUAAAACAACAGAACAAUGUGUAGCAACUAGUCUUUGUGCUGUCUGAGAGGAGGACAUUCUUUUUCUUUCAGGGUUCACUGUACUUUGAAGAUGUCGCUGUUCAUUUCACAGACGAGGAGUGGGCAUUGCUAGACCCUGACCAGAGAGCUCUGCAUCAGGAAGUCAUGGAGGAGAAUAAUGGGCUCAUGGCCUCUCUUGGUAAGGCUCCCUGUUAGAUCAUAAUAUCUGUUCUGAAAUUCAAUCCAUAUCUCUAUGUGACAAACCUUCCAUGUUUUGAUAGAGCUCAACGUUGCGACCUACAACAUCUGAGAUUCUGACAUCCCCACAGCAAACCUUGAAUGGAGGGGUUUUGACUGUUUUGUCUGUGAAUAUUCUUCCUCCAGUUAUGCCUUUUUAACUGUAGGCUGCGCUGCCCGAACUGACCAGGCCUUUUAAAAUGUAGGCUUCACAAUAGUUAGGGAAGAAGAAGAAGAAGAAGAAGAGUAGUUUGGAUUUGAUAUCCCGCUUUAUCACUACCCGAAGGAGUCUCAAAGCGGCCAACAUUCUCCUUUCCCUUCCUCCCCCACAACAAACACUCUGUGAGGUGAGUGGGGCUGAGAGACUUCAGAGAAGUGUGACUAGCCAAGGUCACCCAGCAACUGCAUGUGGAGUAGCGGAGACGCGAACCCGGUUCCCCAGAUUACGAAUCUACCGCUCUUUAACCACUAUACCACACUGGCUCUCAUUUCACUGGAAGUUGAAAUGGUUUCUGUCAGGUUUUUUGUUUUCGCUUCUGCUUCUGUCCAUUUUUGAUUGAAGCAAAAUGUAAUUGAAAUGCAGAGAAUUGGUUAAGGCAUUGAUUUUACAGUGGUACCUCAGGUUAAGUACUUAAUUCGUUCCGGAGGUCCGUUCUUAACCUGUAUUUUGGAGCUCCAUUUCUUCCUUAGGCUCUAAUCCAUUUCUGUCUUUGUUAUAGGUGGUGAUGAAUUGGAAAAGAAGAACAAGGGAGAUCAUGACAACAUCCACACAGUGGAGAAACCACAUAAAUAUUUGGAGUGUGGAGAGAGCUUCAAUCAGAGCAGCCAUCUCACUUCUUAUCAAAGAAUUCAUACAAGGAAGAAACCUUAUCAGUGCUUGGAAUGUAGGAAGAGCUUCAGUAAGAAGGAAAGUCUCACUUCCCAUAACAGAAUUCAUAUGGGGGAGAAACCACACCAGUGUGUGGAAUGUGGAAAGAGUUUCAGUCGGAAUGCCCAUCUCAUUUCUCAUCAAAGAAUUCAUACAGGGGAGAAACCUUAUCAGUGCUUGGAAUGUAGGAAGAGCUUCAGUAAGAAGGAAAGUCUCACUUCCCAUAAAAGAAUUCAUAUGGGGGAGAAACCACACCAGUGUGUGGAAUGUGGAAAGAGUUUCAGUCGGAAUGCCCAUCUCAUUUCUCACCAAAGAAUUCAUACAGGGGAGAAACCUUAUCAGUGUGUGGAAUGUGGAAAGCGCUUCACCCAGAAGGAAAGCCUCAAUUCCCAUCAAAGAAUUCAUACAGGGAAGAAACCACAUCAGUGCUUUGAAUGUGGGAAGAGCUUUUAUACAAGCACAAACUUUCAUCGACAUCAGAGAAUCCACACUGGAGAGAAACCCAAUCAGUGCUUGGAAUGUGGAAAGAGCUUCAGUCAGAGGUCCCAUCUCACUGCCCAUCAAAGAAUUCAUACAGGGGAGAAACCUUUUCAAUGCCAAGAGUGUGGAAAGAGCUUCAGUAAGAGGGCCCAUCUCACUGCCCAUCAAAGAAUUCAUACAGGAGAGAAACCUUUUCAAUGCCAAGAGUGUGGCAAGAGCUUCCGUCGGAAGGAAAGUCUCACUUCACAUGAAAGAAUUCACAGAGGUGAGGAACAAUAUAAAUGUCUGGAAUGUGGGAAGAGCUUUAAUACAAGCACAAACUUUCGUCGACAUCAGAGAAUUCACAGUGGGGAGAAACCUUUUAAAUGCCAAGCGUGUGGAAAGAGCUUCAGUCAGAAGGAAAGUCUCACUUCCCAUCAAAGAAUUCAUACAGGGGAGAAACCAUAUAAGUGUGUGGAAUGUGGAAAGAGCUUCAGUCACAGCUCCACUCUCACUUCCCAUCAAAGAAAUCAUAUAGGAGAGAAAUAUCAGGGUGUGAGGGUGGGUGUCAGGAGCAGGUCAUCAAUAACUCACACGGUGUCAGUGAAGUUAACUCUCUAUUCAAAGAAAUAA